AUGGUGCUACGGCGAUUGGAGCGGCUAACACCCCCCUGUGAAGAUCGAGUGGCGUUGGUGGAGAAAAAAUUCUACGUCGCCGGCGGCAGUGCGCGAAUGAUGUUCGCUGUCAUGACGAGCAGGGCCAUGGCCUCGCUUGACAUAGCCCUUAUGAGCGUGGGUUCGCUAAAAUCCUUCGCUGAAUUUGAUACCGGGGUGCUGUCUGGCGGUCUAGUUAAUCGACUUCUGGCUCUGUAUCGUGACGGGAUGAACAAGAUUCAACAGCGAAUUGUAAGCUCGUACGCUGUUCGAGAACUCAGUAUUAAACUUGGCCCUGAUAUUCUGAAAGCAGUGAGCUUACUUCAGAUGAACCCGUCGAUGGAUGGAUUCAUCUUUGAGGGAUGGGUCAUCGGGUGUCUAGCACAUGGUCCGCUGAUACUCAAGCAAUUGGCUAGCGGGGGAAACGUUGAGUGGAAACAAUAUCCUCUGGUUCACUUCGACAUCGCGCAGCUGCAGCUGAAACUGCAAGCCUUAUCCACGAAACAGUGGCUUGUGCCGUUUAAGUGGAACCAAAGUGGUUACGACAUCGUCUUCUUGGACAAGGCGGAAGGUUUCGUUCGCUUUGUCCAGGUGACAAGAGCAUCCAAGCACAGUUUCGCCGCCAAGGCAUUCUGUGACUUCUUCAAUAUCUUGCACGCGUGCAAGUGGAUGGAGAUUCUCUCGGUAGAGCUCUGCUAUGUGGUACCGCGCAAAACUGAUGAACCCAAGCCCAAGCCAUUCAUUUCGAAAGAGGAGCAUUAUCGCCAGGUCAUCGCGGUGGUUUUCCUGCAGGGUGAGUACCGCCCUUUCGAGGAAAAGAAGUCGACACGAAAGACGCUUGAGACGACAGAAGGAACGCCUAUCACGUGCUCUGUUGACACUUUGGAAGCCGCGUAUGAUGCCAUUUCUUGUGACGACAUGGAGCUACAGAGGCAGGAAAUACAUGGGUGA